AUGGCCGACUUUACCUCAUUCUGUCAACAAAUCAACUGCUCACGCGCCAGAAACCUUGCCACAUCAGUCAUGGGCGUCAACGGACUCCCAGGAGAGAUAAAGAACGCGACGGGCAUUGCGCCGGCGAAAAUGAACGGCAAGGAAUUUCACGUCGACAUGAACGGUACCUACUACGGGUUGAUGAAGGCGCGAGCCUACUCUGUCGUACAAAAGUACACGACCACGCUGACGCGCAACACCGAGCCCGCCAACCUGCACAUGCCACAGAUGGAGGAUGCGCCAGAGCGACCCGAGUCGACAGACUCUGCCUCUCCAGACCCGAACGAUGCCCAGGCGGACCUUCUGAGACGUGCGAACAUGCUCUUUGGUCUCAAAGAUAAGCUUGCUAUGGUGACGAGUGGACCCAACAGCCCCGACUCUGUCGUCGUUGACAAAGAUGGGAUGUUACAGGAUGGCACGGACCAACAGAGAGUUAUGUUCUUCGGUCACAUUGCAGAUGAACUGUACAGGAAGCUUUCUCAGUUCUGUACUCCCGAAGACGAAUCUGUCACCCUUCACUUCGAUGGAGAGCCAUCCAUUCAGAAACAGGCGGAGCACCGAGCUCGCGACGACAAGCUGCGUAAGGGCACCGACGCACUUCACCAAGCAAUCGAACAAGCACGUGUAGUGGGUGGAUCUCGUCGAAAGGCUGCUUACAAACGGUGCAGGAAUCUCUACAAGCCAACAACCGUAAUUCAAGGAGAAGUUAUAGCGGAGUUGAUCAAAAAGUACGACUGCCAUGUAUGCCUUUGCCGCUUUCAGUCGGAUACUUGCAUUGCCAAGCUUUGUGCCCAGUCUCUGAAUCCCCAGGACAUCAUUGUUGUCUCCGGUGAUUCGGACUUGAUUUGUUUCGGGGCUGUGCCGAGAGUGUUGUAUCCGAUCGGCAAGUCAAGAGAGCUCACUCUUUUCGAAAAGGAUGCGAUUUUGGAGGUCCUCGAUUUGCCUUCGGAGCGGCAUUUACUACUCGCGGCUGUUGUGACGGGCAACGACUACACCCGGGGAGUGCCAUAUUUCGGGAUCAAGAAGAUCUGCGAGAUUAUUCGGGAAAUGGAGCUACCCGGCUCUGACGUCGAAUCGUUUCAUUGGUACGUCCACGAGUUUCUCGUUCGAGUGCGACACCAGCUUCUUUCCGAGAGAGUCCCUCGGAAGAAACGAAAACGAAUCGACUCGCAGCUAUCGGUUACGGUUGACGACUUCGAGCAUGCUUUAUCUGCCUUUGUGGGCGUCCAGGAAGAUGCCGUAUCCUCCGUUGAUCAGAACCCACACCCUCAGCCUUUUACCAGUCAACAGCACACAUCGAUUGAGCAGGGAGGGCAGCGAGACUGUAAUGCGCACGAGAUUGUCAUGAGGGCACUGCUCGAUCUUGAGUACCAGAAGGUUGCAGAGGCUCAGGCACGUGCGGCAAUGGGAUUCACACCACCGAUGGAGGACAAGAAGCCGGCUCCCAAAACGAAUGUAAAUCGGACCAGGACAGCGAAAACGCAGCGAGCUCGCCGGGAGGCAGCGAAAAGGAACAGGAAACGUAAAAAAUGGAGGAAAUCCAGGUUCAAGUCUCGCACUGACAAUCAGGUUCGGUACUCUCCCCACAGAGUCAGUGAUCCGUCGACAGCCACCCCUGUUUCUGAUAAUCAACUGUCGACAAUGUCCCCGUCACAACCAAAAAAGCGACCCGUCGACAAGCAGCCCAAGGCUGUUGAAGAUUCGCCUUCAGCAUCCUCGUCAUCGUCGACAGACCGCUCGUCGAAGAACAAAAGACGGAAGGCGUCAUCCAAGAAAAAACUCGCGAGACCACGCGACAUCGAUGCAACCCCAACAGCACCAAAACUUAAGGACGCUUUCAAGUUUGCUUUUCCGACGAUAACCCAGACAGUCGGUUCCUUGAAAGGAUGCCUGCGCCGUAGCCUUCGACCCCUCGGGAUCUCUGAUGACCAAGUCGACACCAUUGCGAGCCGCCUGGAGAAGGCUACGAGCCUGAUCAAUGAAGCUCGUCCCCACGUGUUCAGGAUGAUACAGCUGUUUUUACUGGAAGAAGUCACAACAGUGUUUAGCCCGCAAGGAGCCUCAGGGGAGACGAAUGUCGAUCUGCUAGACCUGGUGAUGAACAAGGCUUCCGGUCAGAUGUUCAUCCGUGGAUUAAUGUCGUUGGCCUUGAAUGGAAAGAUUGUUGAGAAAAAGUGCAAGAAGUCCGAGUCCAUCCGUGCUCGAGAGCUCGCACAGAGGGUCUAUGCCCGAUACAAGACGAUCAUUCCCCACUUUUCGCCCAUUAACACUACCGACAUCCCCCUGGGCGACAUACAGAUGGAGUUUGGACUUGCCACGAUGAUGGUAAAACUGGGAUGGAGCAAAGACAUCAUACCUCUCGUUGACGGAGACGUGCCUCCUGAAGCCCAACGACAGCAGGACGACGACGCUCUAGACGAAUCCCCAACGACUGAGCCCCUGGGAUCAGACGAAUAUGCGGCCGACGACGACGGAUGCUACAAGUUCAAGGCGGGCUUUCUCAGGGAUUGGUGGGACCACUUACUCUCGCUACCUGCAGAGAAGCGACCUGUGUUCUGUCCUCAGCCGAAGCUUCGGGAUGCGUUUGUGAUGAUACCGGAGCGAGCAGUGUGGAGAAUUCUAUGGGGAGGAACUGCGAGGAACAAUCCAGCCAAGACGAUCGUGGAGACGAUUUUGAGUCGCGCGGAGGCGUCGGAUUGUGUUGAUUCGGACUAUGGAAAAGUGCUUGAGACGCUUUUCUAUGGGCGAAGAAGACCCGUUGGCCACGACAACGACGGAGGACCAGACCUGAGACGGACACCCUACGCAAAACGGAGGACAAGAAUGGCAGAACUUGCGGAAGGUGAUCCUUCUAGGUUUGGUUAUCGGUCAUUGCAGGACUACUGUAACAGGAAGCUGGCCUACCUUCGAGCUGCUGCGAACUGUCGGGAUGAAGGAGUACCAUGUACGCAAUCACCGCCAGAGUUUCCCGCCAACCCCAGUACAAAAUCACGCUAUGCUUUGAACAAUAUGAUUCGAAGUAACGGCUUGGAGCUGCAGGUCCUCGCCUACGACACCAAACACGAGCCACAUGGAGCCCUGGAUCCAGUCAUGCGUAUCGAAAAAGUCUUGCCUGAUGAGGACGCUUUCGCCAGGAUAUUCCAGGGAAAAAUACCACAAUGUCGCGGGUGGGACCCUGGGGAGUUGGUGACGGCGGCUUUAUGUCUGAUCGAGCACGAACGUGAGUGGAAUGGAGCACCAGACCCUGGGGAUCCACCUGUGACCAACCUAAUGAUACGUCGAGCAGCUUUAUACUCUCCCACCACUGCAGCGCGAUCCGAAAGAGAGAGAGUCAAAAACAGGAAGCUUCAAGUGGUGCCGGGCGAGAGUAUCGAUGGAGGAAUUUGGGCGAGGGGUGUCGAUCCAAAGGGAGCCAGGACAGACGUACAGUCCAUCCAGGAGAUCGAAAGUAGUUUGCCCCCAAAAGGCCAAGUAACAGUGGAGGAUUUCGAGGAUGCUGUUCGUGUCAGAGUGUCUACGGAGCCCUUGCUUCGGGAGUUUGAAGGCUCACUACGCAUGAAAAAAGCCGCCUGGGAGGAGAAGAAAGCCGUUCGUGCCGAACUGGAUAUGGCUGUGGCUGCAAUCCUGCGCUUUUGUGGACCGGAGCCGUGUCUUAUUGCUAUUGGCAACGGCAAGUUUCGAACGGGGAUAAACUUGGCUUCCAAGCAUGAGACAUUACAGAGUCAUUUUGCCAAGAAGCUUGCACUGCCCGAGGAGAGACCUCCAGGAUGGCAAAGCCGACUUCAAGAUCUUGUGUCUGCCUCGCCUGUGGUCGAUGGAUCAACAGGGACUCGUGACAAUCCGCCUAGUGAAGAGACCCAGUGCACACCUCGCAAGCGCCCUUCUAAAACUCCCAACACUCCUGGAACUCCCCGCAGGACUAGUAAGCUCAAUGACAUACCCGCAGGGCUGUUCUCCUUUAACACCAACAUGUCCGUCGCGUCAGCUACUGAAGCCCCGCCCGUCUUGACUGGAGCGCAUUCCACACCAGCGGUGUCAAUAUCCUCGCAGCUCGCCAUGGACUUCACCGCUCUAGAAGAAUCCUUGGCAGUCAAUAUGGCCAGACCACCCUUGGAGCAAGGCAUAAGCAUUGCUAGGGCAACCGCGAUGGAGCGACAACGACUCGCCUCGAUGAAGGAGGUACCCAAUUCCUCUUCGACAGAGAGCCAAGGAUCUGAGCCAACUGCGCUGAUGUCACCUUCCGGCGGCAAAAAACGUGCCUAUAUGUCAGACAAACUUCGUAAGGUUCUGGAAUGCAUUAAAGCAGAGGACUUGUCCCUGCCUAAAUUCCUUGUGGAGUUGUUCAAGUCUGAUGACAGGACAGCUACAGACUACACCAAUCCGUUCUACGAGGUACAUGGUCCACGGCGACUUAUACAGGUCUGGGACGAGCGGCUCCGAGACGACAAAAAGCACGAGCGGUGGGACGAAUCGUUUGUAAAUAGCGCCGUCGAUGUUAUUGUCGACCGUACUCUCAGGCAUCUGGAUGACAAUGAUGUCAAAAAAGAAUGGCGGCUUCCACACACCAAUGUCACAGAGGAGAAGGUUGCCGGCUACUUGCUCGACGACUUUGGUUUCCUCCAUCGCUACGCCGCUGGGACGGCAGACGACAAGAACGAUGGAAUGGCGGAUGGCAAGGCGCAUGCGGAUGGAGGGCUCAACACUAGUGGCAAUAAUAGUGGCGCAAAGUACUUGAUACGUUUCUUGAAGGGCAUACUCAAGGAGGAUGUGCCUGUCCAAAACCUCACAAGGAGGGCGCUGAGGCGUCGCUGUGCUCGGAAGCCAUCACCAGUCCGCGGCUGCAUUUCAGCGAUGCUGCUCUUUAUGUCGUCUCAAAAAGCCAACGCUUUCCAGACAAUCCUUGGCAUCUUUCUGCAUUGCACCAGGUGUCCGAGGAGAGUCCUUGAGGUCCUCUCUGGCCUUGGGCUUUCGAUCUCGUACAGUCAAGUUCGCAACUGCCUCAUGUCGCUGACCAAGGAUGCGUGCAGGCGUGUCAUACAGGCAGUCCAGGACAACGACUUUUAUGUCGUUUACGAUAAUAUCAAUAUUGCCACCAAGCAUCAUCACCAGUGGGCCUACAAACGGGAUACUUUCGACAACGGCACUGCUGCCACCGUCAUCCUUUCACCCUCGGACAUGAACAAGUCCGCACCUACUCUCUUUCGAUCAACAACGUCCGCCAUUCCUGUUGUUCCUGUCGAGCAACUAGACCUCGUCAAGAGUAUUGUCUUCCCACUUCCAGUUAUGAAACUGGACGAGUCCACCAUUGCAGGAAACUUGUCAGUGAUGCAGAGAAUUACGGAGGUCAAUCUCAAUUUGCCGAAAAUUUGGUUUGCCGACCCCAAGAACACAAUUGUCGCUGGGGAUCAGAUGACAGUGUCAAGGCUGCUGACGCUCAAGGUCCACCGAUCCUUACCACAGCCUGUCGUGGAGUCCCCUGGGACCUUGGCAUCGAUUGCAUGUCUGCUGAACCGCAAGCAUUUAAGCAAGGACAAGCUCGUGUUUCACGCCGUCGAUGAGCUCUUGCGGAUAAGUUUUGAUGCGAAGGUGCAGCUGCUCUAUCAGUCUCUGCGGGAUCAUGCUGUAUCGGACGAGCUGGCUGUUCAGAACGUCACAGAAAUUAUCACCAAGUCAUGCGUUGCUGGUGGAUGGAUGGCGACGGACAUGAUGCAGGAAAACCAUAACUAUCUCAUCAAAGCCAUCUUUUCAGCUAAAGGCUCGAAUAUGAGUUGGGAAUACCUCCAGGAUGCCAUUUCCGCCAACAUCAAAACCUUUCAGGCCAUUUCGCGGAUGUUCGAGCGAGAUGUCGGCGUUCGUUCCAACAGCACUAGACACAAGAAGCCGUCGACUGCAUUGGAUAUUUCGAGAAUCCAGAACUUCAAGGGCUGUGGCAUUUUAUGGACGUCCGGCGAGUGCGAGCAAGGACCACCGGUAGUUGAUCUUCAGUGUGUCGCCGAGGAGAAGAUGGUCGGAGGCGCUAUAGGAAGAUUUUUUGAAAAUCAUACGUCCCUGUGGGGGAAUGCUGUGGACAUAGAGGAAGCAGAGGGUCUUGAAAAUGUUAUCGAUCAAGAUAUAAACUAG